UGCAUGUGUAGUUGCCAUAAAACAUAUUGGAACGUCAACAAACAUAUGCCACGAAAGAAAAUAUUCCGAUUUGACGAAAUAUGAAAAUAUUUAAAAAGUGCUGGCAGAGAUUUUAAACCCUUUUGACCAGAUAUAGAGAAAAAAUACAGGCAACAACAGGAAAGUCUCUGAAAUAUUCAAAAUAGCUUAACACUUGAGUGACGUGGACCUGGGACAUUUGUUGUUAUUCGUUGUUGAUUAGAAGAACAGCAUGUCCGCUAUAAGGAGGAAGGCAACGGGCAGCAAUGCCGACCAGGAGUUCCUCAUCGAUGAGCACCCCAAGGAUGAAAAGGAGAGGGAGCACCAGAAACCAGAUAUUCGUGGGGAUCGGCGGAAUAUAGCUAUACUGCUGUUUCUGUAUGUGCUACAGGGAAUACCUAUUGGCCUUAUAGCAGCCAUUCCCAUGCUGCUGCAGAACCGAGGAGCCAGCUACAGGCAGCAGGCGGAGUUCUCAUUUGCCUACUGGCCGUUUAGCCUAAAGCUACUGUGGGCCCCCAUUGUGGAUUCUCUGUAUGUCCGGCGGUUUGGGCGCCGGAAAUCCUGGCUAGUGCCGGUGCAGUAUCUCCUGGGCGCCUUCAUGCUGCUCUUGUCCCUCCACGUUGACCAGUGGCUGGGCGGGAACGGUGUUGAUCCGAAUGUACCUCUGCUGACACUGCUUUUCUUCCUCCUCAACUUCCUGGCCGCCACCCAGGACAUCGCCGUGGAUGGCUGGGCCUUGACCAUGCUGAAACGAUGCAAUGUCGGCUAUGCCUCCACUUGCAAUAGUGUGGGACAAACCGCUGGCUAUUUCCUUGGCUAUGUGGUGUUCAUCGCCCUGGAGUCGAAAGAUUUCUGCAACACCUAUCUGAGGGAUUUGCCGCUAGAGGAGGGCAUGAUUACGCUGCCCCGCUUCCUUUGGUUCUGGGGCAUCACUUUUGUGGUAGCCACCACUCUGGUGGCCAUUUUUAAGAAGGAAAACGAUAUUGAAGACGCACAUAUGGACGCACGCUACACGGAGGAGCACGAGCUGAACAUCCACGAGAGCUACAAGAUCCUGUGGGACAUGGUUCGCAUGCGUCCGGUGCAGAUCCUGGCUGUAAUCUUGCUCACUGUAAAAGUAACCUUUGCCGCUUCGGAUGCAGUGACCAGCUUGAAGUUAAUUGACGCAGGUGUGCCCAAGGAUAAGCUGGCUUUGCUGGCCAUACCCCUCAUUCCGCUGCAGCUCAUCCUUCCGCUGGCGGUGGGUCGCUAUACGAACGGACCACGUCCCAUGGACGUUUAUUUGAAAGCCAUUCCCUACCGCAUAAUCAUGGCCACAGUGGCCACUGGAAUAGCCUACGUCACUCCGUAUAUCAUCCGAGGAGGCGAGGUGCCUGUUUAUUACUAUGUCUUGCUUGUCUCCAGCUAUGCCAUCUACCAAGUAUUCCUUUACUCCAUGUUCGUGGCCGCCAUGGCCUUCUUCGCCAAGAUCUCCGACCCCGCGGUUGGUGGCACCUACAUGACAUUCCUCAACACGCUGUGCAAUCUGGGCGGUAACUGGCCCAACACCGUGGUGUUGUGGCUGGUGGACGUGCUUACUUGGAAGCAGUGCUCCAAUAAUGCCAGCAACACCUGCCAGGGCAAGGAAGAGCAACAGAGCUGUGAAGGGUCGUACGGCAAGUGCGAGAUUACCUAUGACGGCUACUACUUGGAGUCCGGCAUCUGUGUAUUGUACGGCAUUGUGUGGCUGCUCCUGGUGCGGAAGUGGAUCGUCUAUCUGCAGGACCUGCCCGUGCGAUCCUGGCUGGUGGUCAAGCAGAAGGCGCGGUAGCAAUCAAUAGUGUGAUCCGGGGCCAGAUUCCCAUUCAGAUCUAGCACCGACCAGUAGGUACAAGCAACUAAUUCUAGGAAUAGGAGACGUUUGCAUUCUGUAGGCUAGAGCAAUUGAAAAUUCCCGCCUUUGUAUUGUUUUUCUAUAAUUCAAAUUAAUUCCACAGGAAAUAAAAUCAAAUGUUGAAUUGAGCGAA